AUCCGACUCCAAGUAGCUAUCUCCUCCAAACAUAAUUUUGCAAAGCUUUACCCCGGCAUGAUUUUCUCCCUGUUUUGUCAAAUUUUAUUUAAUCCCUACAUCUUCUAUGGGGCCCUCCUCCCCGCAAUUGUUGCCUUCGGGAUAAAGUUUAAAAUUAAAAAGGCAAGAGGGAAACUUGACGUCACGAAUGAGGUCGACAUUUCCGGAAAACUUGUCGUCGUUACGGGAGCCUCCGACGGGAUUGGCAAGGUCACCGCGGAACAGUUGGCCGUUCGGGGGGCAAAGGUUGUUAUGGCGUGCCGAAAUUUACAAAAGGCUCAAAAAGUAGUGGACGAUAUUCGGAGUAGGACGCAAAAUGGAGAGUUGAUUAUUAUGCAUCUCGACCUCUCAUCGCUCUCAUCCGUACGAAAAUUCGCGUCCGACUUCACCUCAAAAUACGGUGGACCUUCCUCCCCCGGCCUGUCCAUGCUUAUCAAUAAUGCCGGCGUGGCCAACGCGGUCGGCAUCCGGUCCCUGACAAAGGACGGAUUUGAAGAAGCCUUUGGUGUAAACCACCUCGCCCACUUUCUCCUCACCAAUUUACUCCUACCGGAAAUAGAAAGGGCGGGCGCGUUAUCCACGGCAGAUAACCCGGCCAGGGUUAUCAUCGUUUCUUCUGGUGUGCAUGUCUGGGGCAAGCUGAAUUUUGAUGAUUUGAUGUACGAAAAGACUCCACUUAACGAGUAUUUGUUUCCUUCGAAACUUUAUUGCAACUCAAAAUUGGCCAACGCCCUGUUCAACGUUGAAUUGGCGAGGAGAUUAAGGGCGAAAAAGGUUAAAGUGACGAGUAACGCGUUGGAUCCGGGCCUCGUCGGGACAAAUUUUGGAAAAGACCAUCCCAGAAAGUUUUUCGUAAGGAAUGUCAUCUUUCCAAUUUUGUCCUUCUUUCAAAUGAAGAGUGCGAGAGAGGGCGCAGAAACCACGUUGCACUGUGCACUCAGUAAAUAUUUGGCUUACCACAGUGGAGAAAUGUACAGAGACUGCCAAUUUUGGGAUUACACCCAACGACCAAAAUUAACCGAGAAAGAUGCAGCUUUGCUUUGGGAGAAAAGUGAAAAAUUUAUAAAGCUAACUUCAGCAUGAAAAUUUUAUAAUUUAGCCACACUUUUCAGCAAAGUGAAAAAAUAAUAAUUACGAGUUGUUAAUUGGAAUGAUUAUGUAUGUAAACUCUUAAAAAUAAUGCUAGUCAUUUCGAAAUUUUUGAAAUUUCAAUCACACAACAACAACGUAAUUUAAUAAAAUUCGAAUAUGACAAGUUAAAAGACAUUUAGUGGGACAGAAAUUAAAGGAAAAUAUAUUAAAUUAAAGGACAUUAAUGUAUUUAAAUAAACUUAAAUUCUUAAAUUCUUUCUUAAAUUUACUGUAAUUUGCGCAUUAAACCUAAAUACUUAUUUACAACUUUGCAUAUUAUUCCAUUUGUUUUUGAAAUAAAUGUGUAUUUUUAUUCUGUUCA